AAAAAUAUCGAGGAAGUGGCCUCCAGUUGAGGAAAAUGGCCGACGUAGAGAUGGAAAUCGCGUCUAGAAGAAUGAAUAAUGGAAACGAGCACGUGAAACAGGAACUGGAGGGAUAUGAAAAGAGUGGCAACGAGGAAGACAGCGGUGACAUGUCUGAGGAGGAUGAAGAGGCUGCAGAGGCUGGAGAGGCUGGAGAGGCUGGAGAAGAGAAAGCAGAGACAAACGGGGAGAAGGCUGAUGAAGGGUCCAAGCAUCACAGCAGUGGCGGCGGUGGCGGCAAACACAAGAGGAAGAAACAUAAGCAUCGAAGCAAGCACAAAAAACACAAGCACGCAUCCGAGGAGGACAAAGAGCGCAAGCGCAAGCACCGACACAAACACAAGAAACACAGGCGCAAGGAGGGCUCCUCUCCUUCCGGCGCUGGGGUCCCGGGCGCCUCCAGCCACAGAAAGACUGAGUCCUCUCCUUCCUCGGGCAACCCCAGCCUGGACGACAGGGCUCUGCUGGAAGACCUGGAGAAGCAGAGGGCCAUGAUCAAAGCUGAGUUGGACAGCCAGCUGAUGGAGGGCAAGGUGCAGUCGGGCAUGGGCCUGAUCCUGCAGGGCUACAACUCCGGGUCGGAGGAGGACGGAGACGGCCAAGGCCGGGUCAGGAAUGGGGAGCAGCGCCAGAGAGCCGCCACAGGGAAGCCCAUCUCCCCCAGGGGGGUGAAGAGCGCCAAAGGCCGGCGGGACUCCACUGAGGCCAGCAAAUCCACCGCCAAGAGGAGCAGGUCCAGGGACAGGGCAGGCAAGGAGGCCAAAACUGACAAGACGGCCAAAAGCGGCAAAGAUCCAAAGGAGCGUGGUGGUGGUGGACGCGGAGGUUCCAGAGACAGGAAGGGCUCGCGGAGCACGGACAGGUCCAAGGAGAGGUCCAGGAAGUCCCCUUCACCCCCCAGCAGGAGAGCGGAGCAGAGAGGAGGUCGCCCGGACAAGCGCUCCUCGCCGCAGCCGGACGAGAGACCAAACGUGGAGCGCAGUGGCGGCCGCAGGUCCAGAUCCCCCGCGGGGAGGGAGCGUACGGCCCGGACGGAGGCGGAGAGGGACAAGAGGCCUACCAAGUCCCCGUCCAAGGACGCGUCCUCAGGGAAGGAGAACCGCUCCCCACACCGGCGAGCAGUAGGACAAAGUCCCCCCAGGAGGCGCAGCCCCUCCCCUCGCCCCCGAGACUCCUCCCACCAGGCCUCAACCUCCGUCUCUGAUAAGGCAUCCAAGCCGAGCCACUCCCCUCCCUCCAGGGCCAGGUCUCCGGCGAGGAGAGCGCGUAGCCGCUCCCCAGAAGCCCGUCGCAGGGAGUCUGACAGACAGGACUCACCACUGAGGAAGCGCCCCAGACCAGACCUAGGACCAGGGAGAGACCGGUCAAGGGAGACCAGCCCCAGGGCCGCCCCUCGCCGCAGAGUCAGCCGCUCCCCCCUCAGGCGACGGUCUCAGUCUCCACGGCGACCCGCUCGCCUCUCGCCACGCCGACGCUUCAGCAGGUCCCCACUGAGACACAGGUCCGGGGAGAGGGACCGCUACGGGAGGAUCCGGCAGUACCGGCGCUCCAUGUCCCGGGACCGGGGCCGGAGGAGGAGGCGUAGCCGGGACGAGGACAAGUUCAAGGGAAGCCUGUCAGAGGGCAUGAAGGCCGACAAGGAGUCCUCUGGGGAGGAAGUGCUGGAGGACUUUGACGGUGAGGAGGUGGAUGAGGAGGCCCUAAUUGAACAGCGGCGUCAGCAGAGGCUGGCCAUCGUCCAGAAAUACCGGGCAGGUAAUGAGGACAGCAACAUGGCGUCGGAGCCCAGCAGCCCCCAGAGCAGCACGCGCAGCCGCUCGCCCUCGCCCGACGACAUCCUGGAGCGCGUGGCGGCCGACGUCAAGGAGUACGAGCGAGAGAAUCUCAACACGUUCGAGGACAACAUCAAAGCCAAGCACAACCUCAUCGCCCAGGAGAAGGACGGAGCUAACCCAAAGAAGCCCUCAGCCCCGGACAUGUUCACCGAGUCAGACGACAUGUUCGCUGCAGACUUUGAUAGUGCCAGAAUGAGGGCUGCAGGCGUGGGGAAGGACUUCAAGGAGAACCCCAACCUCAGGGACAACUGGACCGACGCUGAGGGCUAUUACCGGGUGAACAUCGGGGAGACCCUGGAUAAGCGCUAUGACGUGUACGGCUAUACGGGACAAGGCGUGUUCAGCAACGUGAUCCGGGCCAGAGACACCGCCCGUGCUGGCCAGGAGGUGGCGGUCAAGAUCAUCCGCAACAACGAGCUCAUGCAAAAGACUGGACUGAAGGAGCUGGAGUUCCUCAAGAAGCUGAAUGAUGCAGAUCCAGAUGACAAGUUCCACUGCCUGCGUCUCUUCAGACACUUCUACCACAAGCAGCAUCUCUGCUUGGUGUUUGAACCCCUCAGUAUGAACCUGAGGGAGGUGUUGAAGAAGUAUGGGAAGGAUGUGGGGAUCCACAUCAAGGCGGUCCGCUCCUACAUCCAGCAGCUCUUCCUGGCUCUGAAGCUGCUCAAACGCUGCAACAUCCUCCACGCCGACAUCAAGCCUGACAACAUCCUGGUGAACGAGUCCAAGACCAUCCUGAAGCUGUGUGACUUUGGCUCCGCCUCCCACGUGGCGGACAACGACAUCACGCCCUACCUGGUCAGCAGGUUCUACAGGGCGCCGGAAAUCAUCAUAGGGAAGCCGUACGACUACGGCAUCGACAUGUGGUCCGUGGGCUGCACGCUGUACGAGCUCUACACCGGCAAGAUCCUCUUCCCCGGCUCCUCCAACAACCACAUGAUCAAGCUGGCCAUGGACCUCAAGGGCAAGAUGCCCAACAAGAUGAUCCGGAAAGGUCUGUUCAAAGACCAGCACUUUGAUCAGAACCUCAACUUCCUGUACAUCGAAGUCGACAAAGUGACUGAAAGGGAGAAGGUGACCGUGAUGAGCACCAUCAACCCCACCAAGGACCUGCUGUCAGACAUGGUGGGGGGUCAGCGCCUGCCGGAGGAGCAGAGGAAGAAGGUGAUGCAGCUGAAGGACCUGCUGGACAGCACCCUGAUGCUGGACCCAGCCAAGCGCAUCAGCAUCAACCAGGCCCUGCAGCACCCCUUCAUCCAGGAGAAGAUCUGAGGGCCAUGCCUGGCUGGGGUCCCACCAGCCUAGGGCAGGCAGCCCCCGGCUGGGUCUCACCAGCCCAGACUCCACCCCCCCACCCACCCUUUACCAAGGAGAACGCCUGACCAACAUCACUCAGACUGAGGCCGAGUUUCGAUUCUCUAACGUGCAUCCUUCCUACAUGCCUUCCUUCCUUCCUCCGCUCCUUGAAGAUAUCAGUGACAACAUGAUUGGUCCUCACAGCUGUAAUCCAUCCUGUCAUGUCUGAUUUAGAUAUUUGAAGGAUUUUGAGAAAGUAAAGGAGGAAGGAAGGAGGAUGUGGAGGAUUGAAGGUUGCAUAUGUGGACAAUCCUGACAUGGCCCAGGCUUUGCAGCACCGUACUAGACUAAACCAGCCAGGAACACUGCGUUGAGACAGGCCCAGAUUCGCUGUGAGAAUGUUAAGGAUUUAUUUUUGUUUCCUCCACCCUGAUUUUGAUGGAUACAAUAUAUUGUUUUUAUUGUAAAUAGGUCAUUGAAUAACUAGGCAUUCAUGAGUGAUAAAAUAACAAAAAAAAAACAUCUUGUGGAUCAUCAUUGUAAACUUCCCUUCUUUGCCCGGCGAUGCAGUUAUCAACUUUUUUUUAUAUUUAACUGGCAUUGAAGUGACUGACUGGAAACAAAAGCAUAUAAUUCCUGUAAAUAUGUCUAUUGAAUUGUUAAAGAAUCUUUUGUCAGUCAGUUUAGUUUUGUGUUGUACUUGCUUUCAAAUAGAUGAUAAAAAUCCAAUGAUGAUG